CCUCUUGUUCAACCUUGACGGCGUCCCGAAGGGGCAUUUCGUCGAACACUUGGAGGGCGUCGGGAGGAAAAAUCCAGUAAGGUAAUAAGGUCAAGCAGCUAGCGAUCUUGACAGUGAGUGCAUGGGGCCUGGUCCGAGAAAGCGAAGGAUUUGUUAGCGGCUAGGAAGGAAGGAAACUCGUCGGCGGUGGAGAUCAUCGAGACUCCUGCAAAUCAGUAUUAGUCGAUAUUUCAACCCUACAAACUUACCAAUUGCCAUACCGACUUUCAUUUCAUUGAACUAGGGCAUAUCCGGUGGGCCCCACUAGGACAGCAUUAGUAAUUGGGUAAGAAGGCGUGCCACGUAGAAUAUAAGCCACUCUGGUUUUGUGUGAGAUAGAGGAGGACGAAGCCCUAUGAGGCAUUUCGUCAGUCGGCUGUCGUUCGCACGCCCCUCCGGCUUCCUUCAGGCGCGAUAUCAGUGCUGUACGCCCCCUCCGCCGCCGCCUUCCAAUCCCAAAUUGUUUGUGGGAGGUCUCUCUUGGUCUGUUGAUGAAAAGUCUCUCAGGGAUGCCUUCUCUUCCUUCGGCGAGGUCACGGAAGUUAGGAUCAUGUAUGACAAGAGCACUGGAAGGUCAAGAGGAUUUGGGUUCGUCCGUUUUGCAACUGAUGAUGCAGCUAAAUAUGCUAGAAAUGCCAUGGACGGAAAGGCAUUUCUUGGAAGGCCUCUGCGAAUAAGCUUUGCCGUCGAUAAAGUUCGUGGUGUACCAAUUGUUGUUCCUCGGCUUCCGGCAGAUGAAGAAUCAACAAAUUGAGAGUUGUUUGAUAUUUACCCAAACAACUUUAAAAUAUUAUUAUUGUUUGCCUCUCUCGGUUUAAACCACUCAAAUUUUAGAACAUUCAAGCUUGUUAUAUAACUGAGUCAAGCCGAUCCUAAAAUGAAAAAUGAAUCAAGACAUUGAAAGUUGAUUGUUCAAA